UAGGCGGGGGUGGCCGCCGCGGGUGGAUCGAGCUGGCAACGGCUGAGUUUCGUCGUGACGUGCUACUAGGAAUAACAAUGUCCUAGCGAAGGCAGGACCGCGUCUCUAGGCCGAUCCCCCUCAUCCUGAUCCACUUCUUUUCCAGAAACCUUCACACAUACACACACAUAUCCCGUCGGUCCUAAUCACCAACGUACACCCAACCUACCAUCAUUGCGUCCUACACCCGCGCUCGUGCUGCUACAGAUUCGACUGCACACAUGUAAUCGGCCGCGCGCGCGCACACAUACAUACGUAGACACGGUACACGGUAGACGGUAUAUAGAGACAUAUACACCCGUGUACACGCGAGAGGAGUGUAAAAGAGAAGAGAGACUUACACGCGUACAGACGCGUCGUUUGGACGCCCUUUUUCCGGUGGUAUUUUUUUCGUUCCUAGUUCUUUAUCGACGAUCGACAUAUCGUUGCGACUCGUACACGCAACACACGACGUGGAAACGCGCACGGGCGGAUACCGGAAAGGCACGUAUUUCGGAGACGGGCGCGCGAGCCUCCCGAAUCCAGCCAAGUCCAAAGUCCUUAAUCCCGUGGGGUGAUCCUGGCCCCGCCCGUACACGAAGGAACCACACCCCGGCAAGAGAGAGAGAGAGAGAGAGAGCAAGAGACCGAGAGACCGGGAGGAGGAAUUCAGGGUCCGGAUUUAAACAGGCUCCCGGUGAUGAGAGCGACACAUUGCGGGGGUUAAAGUGCCUGUCGAGAACGGCGAGGAAGUGGCGAGGUUCGUAAAAAUCGGCAUCGGGGGCGUGCGAUCCAGGCAGCGGUAGUGGUGGCGGAGCGGCAGGGGUACUAUGGGAGCGGGGGUAUGGGGGGCGGAGGAGGGCUACAAGCCACGGACCUCCGGCGAAGGCUCGAGUUCCAGUGUACCGGAGGAACUUGUUCGCAGGGUCUGCGGUCCCUAAGGCACGACAGUUACCAUGCUACCGAGGAGAACGCCGCGUGUGACGACUACGAGGACAGGAGGACUGACCACGAAGCGAUCCUCGCUUCCGGUCAGCCUACCUGCACAGGCUGUCGGCGAUCGUAUAGGCGCCAGGAGAGCGAAGCGGUUGAGAAAAAGGAGAUUCUGAAGCGACGCAUGCCAGAAUCAGAUGAGAUCAGUGCGGUGUACCGGAAGCUGCGGCUUUGUCUGGGCCUUUUCGAGCACGCGAGUAAAAACGAUGAAGCGGAAGAGGACGACGAAGAGAAGAGGCAUCGGUUACGGUGGUGUCGUAGGGGCUUCCGACGAAUCGUGGAAGUGGCGACAAGAGUUCUGCUCCUUGGCAUCGCGCUUCUUGUCACGCCAGGACUCUGUCAACAGGACGCAGUGCACAUCACGGCUAUUCUCGGGGAGAGCGUUGUCUUCAACUGUCACGUAGAGUUCCCCGGUGAGCACCCAGUGCCCUACGUUCUCCAAUGGGAGAAGAAGGUAGGCGACACGGAGACACCGAUAUACAUAUGGUACGAGUCGUAUCCGACCCACAGUGGCGAAGGGUACGAGGGUCGUGUCUCGAGGGUGAGCGAGAAUUCACCGUACGGCCAGGCCAGCCUCAAUCUGACGAAUAUCCGCGAGAGUGAUCAAGGAUGGUACAAGUGCAAGGUCGUCUUCCUCAACAGGUCGCCUAACGGUCACAAGAACGGUACCUGGUUUCAUCUAGACGUCCACGCGCCACCCAGAUUCAGCAUAACACCGGAUGAUAUGAUAUAUGUGAAUUUGGGCGAUGCGAUAAUACUCAACUGCCAGGCUGAGGGUACUCCGACGCCAGAGAUCCUUUGGUACAAGGAUGCGAAUCCGGUUGAGCCCAACGGCCGAGACGUCGGGAUAUUCAACGACGGCACGGAGCUCAGGCUCUCGACGAUCAAGAACGAUGACAUCGGUGAUUACACCUGCAUCGCCAGGAACGGGGAGGGCCAGAUCAGCCAUACCGCGCGCGUCAUCAUCGCCGGUGGAGCCGUUAUUAUGGUGCCGCCGACGAAUCAAACGAAGCUAGAAGGCGAGAAGGUGCAAUUUUCUUGCGAGGCAAAGGCACUUCCGGGUAACGUGACGGUGCGCUGGUUUCGCGAAGGCGCACCUGUCACAGAGGUCUCGGCUCUGGAUACCAGAGUGUCCAUCAAGAUGGAUGGUAGUCUGGUUAUCAACCCCGUCAGCGCCGAUGACUCCGGUCAAUAUCUGUGCGAGGUCACUAAUGGCAUCGGCGAUCCUCAGACUGCUAGCGCCUAUCUGAACGUCGAGUAUCCGGCGAAGGUUACAUUUACCCCCACUGUCCAAUACCUGCCGUUCCGUCUGGCCGGUGUGGUCCAGUGUUACAUAAAAGCCAACCCGCCCUUGCAAUACGUGACCUGGACCAAGGAUAAACGCCUACUCGAGCCUUAUCAGACAAAAGACAUUGUUAUCAUGAACAACGGCUCCCUGCUCUUUACACGGGUCAAUGAGAAUCACCAAGGCAGAUAUACCUGCACGCCUUAUAACGCCCAGGGCACGCAGGGCAGCUCGGGUCCGAUGGAGGUCCUCGUACGGAACCCGCCUGUCUUCACCCUCGAGCCGGAAGUAGUGUACACGAAGAAGGUCGGUGAGACGGUCGAGAUGCACUGCGACGCUCAAGAGGCCGACGGAACGCAGAAACCAACGAUACAAUGGCAUCGGAGAGAUGGCGGACCUAUUCAACGCACACGCUCGAAGAUUGUCGGUGGCAAUUUAACCAUAGAAAGCCUUCGACGCGCAGAUUUCGGGUUUUAUCAGUGCGUCGCCUCCAACGAAGUUGCCACCAUCUCAGCCUCGACGCAACUGAUCGUCGAGGGAACGCAACCCCAUGCACCUUACAACGUGUCGGGCACUGCCACGCAAUUUGCGGUAUCGCUAACUUGGUUACCAGGUUAUUCCGGUGGUCCUGAUUACAAGCAAGAUUAUACUAUCUGGUACAGAGAAUCGGGAACUUCGGAAUGGAAGACAAUCCCCGUGACUCCAUCGGGCAGCACAUCGGUGACGAUCAACAAUCUUACGCCUAGUACUCUCUACGAAUUUCAAGUAAUCGGGAAAAACGCCCUGGGCGAGGGAAUGUUGAGUAAAGUCAUCACAGUCAGGACGCUCGACAUUCUUGAUUACAAUACCCUCGUAUUACCGACUGAUUCCUCAGGAAAUCCCGCGUUUCCGCCAAUCAUACGACCGAAAGGACCAAAGCCAGGUUCUCCCAAGAAUCUCACGGUGACGGAAAUCAGCAACGGUUUCUUAAUAACCUGGCAACCUCCUUCGGAAAAAACCCAUCUUAUCCAAUACUAUACUAUCAAGUACAAGACGGACGGACCUUGGAAAACGCUCAACAAGGGCCAAAUACGACCCGAGGAGACCAGUUAUUUAGUGAAGAACCUGGUCGGUGGUAGGACCUACUAUUUCCAAGUGUUCGCCAACUCAGCCACGAAUUACGGCGCGAGCGACCAGGUGAAGUUUCCCGUGCCGGCUCGUGUUAAGCACAAAGCGAUCACCGCGGGCGUUGUGGGCGGCAUCCUCUUCUUCCUUGUCGCCAUCAUCCUCAGCAUAUGCGCGGUGAAGAUAUGCAAUAAACGGAAGAGACGAAAACAGGAGAAAGAACUGCUUUCAGCGUAUAAUAUGGUGGCCUGCCGGGUCACCGACGCCAGGAACGGCGCAGGGCAGGGGCCCCAGGGAACAGUGCCUUUGAAAAAACCUAGAAAAAGCCGAGUACCAGGUUUAAGCCUCCUGAAGGAGAUCCUGAGCCCGGAUACCCCGGACUCGUGCCGCUGUCGUCCGCUGGGCAAAAUCUCCCGAGCGGCCGACGGCCGCUUCGUCGUGGCGGAUUCGGUUCUCAGCUCGGCCAACAACAGCAUCCUGGACGUCUCCAGCAGCGACGACGGUGGAUUCCUGCCAAAGCAACGGCUUAAGUCCUCGUGGCGACGCCCCCUGGUUGGCAUCAGUCAGCUAAGUCUGAGAUCCGACGGUAGCGGCGUGUCCAUAGGUCCCCUGCCAUCAGGUUGUCAUCAUGGCGUUGUAAAUCCUUUGGCGAGGAUACCGCCCGCAAAUGUUUGUACGAUCACGUCACCUAGGUUCCUGGCCAGUUCGCCGAGCGGGGCUCAGGUCCCCUGGACGCCUUUGUACUUCAGCGAUCUCAGCUCUGUCAAACAACCAUCCUCUGGCGAACGUUCUUUCCCGACGCCACCCGGCUACCUCCAGCUUCGCAGCGUGCAUCAACGAUACAGCCAAGAGUUACCGUCGCUUAAGGCGAUUCAUGCCGAGUCGAGGCGGUUCGUGCCGGUUCAACCGUUAGCAACGUCUUCGCCGCCGCAGCCGGCUGGACGACCUAGGGCGAGGUUGCCGCCAAGACACGCCAGGCACGCCAGAUCGGCACCAGAGCUCGCUGCCUCGCCCGACCUGGAGACUUCGCCUGAGAGCAGAUCAAGUAGUUCGGGUUUCGGCAGCAAGAAUACCUCGCAGCAAAACCAGAGCUCAAGAAGUGGUAGUACGGUCGCCGAAUGGAGACCGCCACCUUACAGGCCACCUCCGCCGCCGCUGGUGGGUCGCUGGCUUGAGCUUCAGAAUCAGGCCAAGGUGGGACACACGCACAUACAAAAUGCCGUGGACGCCGGCAGCGUUGACGGCCACUACGAGUUCGAUCCGGUGUCGUGCACGCCGACACCAACGUCGGCCUCGACGCCUACGCGGGAGGAGAGACCGCCGAUGCAUCAGAUCCAUACGAUCCACGUUCCCCACAUCCAUCAAGUGCACACGGUACAUCAACAGGCACCGAGGUAUAGCAGAGAAAACAUAGAGGCCCGAGUACAGGCGAUGAAGGCGGAAUUUCAUCAGUUUCGGCAGAGACAGGCGAGAAGACGACAGAGUGCGCACUUGGAAAGUGCAUGUUGAAAAAUUUGAAGGAGAUCUUGACGAUCGAUCAACGAUUCAGUUUCAUUAGGACCGCUGCAACGCAAGUCUAACGAUCGAGUUGAAACGAUUCGAAUGGUUGCAGAGUUAAAUACAUAAUGUGUGAGACGAAAGUAAUUCUCAAGAGAAGAGCUAAGAGAAAUCUCGGAGGAAGCUAGAUAUCGUUCGCGAUUAGAUUUUGGUACUGGCUUUCGACUACCGUAGAAGAUCGCGUGUUUCAACACGGCGACGACAACGUGAUCAUCACCGAAGACCAACCACCGCAGCACAACGAGGAUCAUCAUCACACGUGAUUCCGCAUUUAGAGGAGUUUAAGUCAAUUCUAGUAGCUGGUCAUCCAUCUACAAAAGGAGGCUGUUAUAAGCAUCAGCUCAGGAUACAUAAGUUUCGCACGACCACGAGACGGGAGCGACGUAGUAGAACUGUACGUUAAGACGAUAAUCUUUCGGAGUUUCGCCCGUUUUACCAUUUAAGAGGACCGAAGAGUAUCCUACGGGGGAAAAAAAAACAAUCUCGAUAUCAUUUAUUCGGGGGGGGGGAGGGGGGGCUAAUAACCCGGCGACGCCGAUCGCGCUGGGACGAUAAUAGAAACGAAGUGCGUAAACGAAAAUGUUUGAAGCCGAUAAUUAUUGGUCAUAUCCCGCGUACACCAACCACGCCUAUGUCCGGUUUAGAGGACCGUGAUUUUUAACGUUACUAUAUAUAAUAAUGUAGAGGAACGUACGGAAGAAUUAAUUCACGGGGGACGAACAAGAAGAGGACGCUCUUUUUUUUAAAACUCAGUGGAACUGUCCUUAGAGCUAGAAAGUGCGCAGAAGAAUGAGAUACACUCCCGAUUGGCUCAAAGGGAUGCUAACUGUAUCGAAAUCGUCCCGUAUCACGAUCGGGACGAAAGAUGAUGAGAAGGGAAGACAGAAAAGCAAAAAAAUGGAAUAGUUACGUCGGCAUGAUACUCCAAAGAAACUGUACCACUGUACAUGCUCCGCGUAUACCUUUUAAAUAUAAGAUUAAAUUUAAUCGUACGCUGUAAGUAAUAAUUAAAAACGAAAGCAAAACAAAAAAGUAAGAUAAUCGAAGAAUUACCACACACACUCACAUACGUACACUCACAUAUACACACAAACAUACAUGCAUAAACACACACACACACACGCACGCACGCACACACACAUACACACAUAUACACAUACUCAUACAACACACACAAAAUAAUUAUAUCGAUGAGCAAUGGACUCGAAACGUGAUAUUAGGCCGAAGCUUGCCUCGAGAUUGCUUAAGGACUCACUCGUACUGCACUGCCUGUUUAGGGUUUCGCUAGCGACCCAACAUAUUAUCGGCACAAUAAUUUUUCUUAAGCAACGUAAAAACGAGAAAAUAAGAAUAACAUUCUUCGAAUCUACACGUUCGGCCAGUAUAGCACGACGAUUGUGUGUGCACGUUCACCACGUGUGUCACUUUGUUGGUGACACGCUGGUUUACCGCCUAUCGGCACUUCGGUCGUUCACCGGUCAUCCUUCUUGAAUUAGAUUAGUGACGCGAGCACGCGCAUCGACGACGAACGACGUCGAUUGGACUCUUAA